CUUCAGUCGUGAGUCGUCAGCCUGUACUUUCUCCCACCUCUGGUCUCUCUUUCCACUGUGUCCCCCCGCCACUCUGCUUUCCAUGACCCACGACCCACGAUCUAACAAGACUUCGCCUCGUCAUCUUCUUAGCACUCACUGCACUCACUGUUAUCGUCAUAAACUGCUCACAUCUCUACCAUCGAUCCAAGUCUUGCUUCUACCAUCCCUAGUCCCAUUGACCUGAAACACGACGCUGCUGCGGUGCCCCACGAGUUCGCAGCCCCUCCCUCCACUGCCCCUCUGCUUCAAGCAUGGGCUCCGUUUAUCGAGAUCGAUAUGAUGAUACCCGCACCACGGUCUCUUCCACUCGCAGAGAUGGCGGUUCCGGUGGCUACACCACUCGCACUCGCUAUAUCAUCAAAAGAGACGACUCCCGCUCUUCUGUCGACCGCGAUCGUCGCUUCGCCCCUGAGCGACCAGGUGAAAGAGUAGACGAGAUGAGAUUCAUUCGUCGCGAGGUCGAAGAACCCCCUCGCAGAGAAGAGCAGCCACGCUUCCAGGAACGUGAACUGGUCAUACGCCGGGAGGUCGAAGAACCUCCUCGCAGAGAAGAGCAGCCACGCUUCCAGGAACGUGAACUGGUCAUACGCCGGGAGGGGGAUCCUCGUAGCAACUAUCCUUACGACAUCCGCCGCGAACAACCUCCUACCACUGAAAGAGAGCUUGUCAUUAGACGUACCACCGAGCGCGAGGAACCUCGAAGGGACGACGUCUCCAUGGUCCGCUAUGACGAUCGCCCGCGCACGGACCUACGCUACCGCGAUGACUACGACCGCGGCUUCGAUGACCGUGACAUCCAGCGCUUCACCCGUACCUCGGAGUUUUUCACUCAGCCUCAACCGCAGACUAUCGUCAUCCGCCAGGAGCCCAUUAUUAUCAGGGAGCGAAUUCGUGACGAUGACUAUCAAAUUGUCCGCAAGUCAGAUCUCGAAGAAGAGCGACAAGUCACCCGUCGCGAGCCGCGGGCUGAAGAGGAUUUCUUUUAUGAGAAGAAAGUCCGUGAGCGUAUUGAUGCGCCGGAUGAAUAUCGACGAAGAGGCAGAGGUCGCUCUGUCAGCCCUCGCGAUUCCGUCUCCCAAAGAGGCCGUGAUUACAGCAGUGAUGACAGCAUGGUCUAUGUCCGCAAAGAGACCAAAGAAGAAGAACGCGAUGCCAGUCCAGACCGACGAAAGAACCUUGCCGCCGGUGUGGUAGCUGGCAUUGGCGCCGCUGAGUUGCUGAGGAACCACAAAAAGAAAGAGGGUCGUGAGACCUCUCACGGCAUAGGCCGCGUCGGCCGGGACCUUGGAGCUGGUGCUCUGGGAGCGGUUGCCGCAGAGGGCAUCUCAAGGGCCAGGUCUGCCUAUCGCAGUAAGAGCCGCCGCCGCUCCCGAGAUCGCUCCCGAGAUCGUCGCUCGCGCUCUCGUUCACGUCGGCGAAGCAGAUCUCGUUCCCGUUCCCGUUCCCGUUCUCGUUCUCGCUCCGCAUCCAGAUCCAGGUUGAAGACUUUGGCCACUGCUGGUUUAGGUGCUGCAGCCCUGGCCGCUGUUGCGACCAUCGCCACCAAGAAAUUGGCCGGAAACAAGGACCAGGACCAGGACCAAGAACCGCCUCGACGCAGUCGGUCGCGACGCAGGAGGGAGGAAACUCUCACAGAACUCGAAAACGAUCCCACUGCUGAUGAUGCUCGUAACCCCAAGCAUCGCAACAAGCGUAUCGCCGAAGCUGGUGCCGCGGGCGCCGUGGUUGCUGGCUUGAUUGAACGAGCCAGGAGUCGCUCUCGUGCUCGCGAAGGCCGAGAACGCUCACAAAGCCGUGUGAGACAGGCAUUACCCGUGGUCGCUGCUGGCUUGGGCAGCGCUGCUCUGGCAGGUCUUUACGAAAAGAACAAAGCCAAGAAAGAGGCUGAAGUCAUCCAAAAAGAGGAACAUCGACGUGCCCGAUCGAGGUCGCGAAGUCGUGCUAGGUCGGACGCAUACUAUGAUGGCCCAAGAGAUGCAAAUCUCAGUGCACCAGAUUUGAUCGAGUAUGGCCACGGCCCAAUGUAUGGUAACAACUAUGGCGCCGAUUACUAUGGCCGUCCUGCCCCACAAGACAAUUACUACAGCAAUGCUGUUGUACCUGCAGCGGCCGCUGCUGGCGCAACCGCAUAUGCUUCUCAGCGGGGUCCACGGAGCAGAAGUCGAAGCGCCAGUCGUGAUCGACGUUCGGGAAGAUCUGAUAGGAGUUCCAGUUCAUCCCCUGGCGGAGGAAAGCACCGUCGAAAGAAGUCUCGAGAUGCCGCCAAACUUGCUGCUGCGGCCCCAACUGCACCAGCUGGGGCCAGUGCAUAUGACCGGCGCAAAGAAGAGAAGCGUGAAAGAAGAGCACGACGUCAACGCGAGGAAGAAGCUACUGCUUAUGGUCAUGAUGCCUACGAUGACAGUUACCAUCAGAGUGGACGACAUUCUCCGACUCCGCCGCCCAACGAUCCAUAUGCUUCUCAGCACGGCUUCUCCCAGCCAACCUACUAUCCGGAGAACACUCAAUUCCCACCUCCCCCAGGCUCGGUGCCUAAUCAAUAUCCAUCGCAACCAGAUCCAACGCCCAUCCAGCCAGGCGCCGCAGAACAUCCUCCACAGGCAGCCUAUGUUCCGCAGGCAUAUCCUCCGCAGGCAUAUCCUCCACCACCUCCUGGAGGACCCCCACCCGCCCCUACAAAUUAUGAUGCAUAUGCUUCUGGCGCAAAUCCUUAUGCGCCACGUGGUCCCGAGAAUGUGAGUGCUGAACCAGCUCCUGCAUUUGGCAAUCCUUUCGCACCUGCCAUUCCUAAUGACCAGCACCAUUUGCCAGAUGGUUUAAAUCGAGAGAUGCCAGAUGUGCCAAUGCCGCCCACUUUCAACGUCCAACCUGCAUCUGAAAUCGACACGGCCGUUCAUUCAAUCCCUGUCCCUCCUGGACCACUACCUCCGGUUGUCCCAUUGGACCAGCCUCAUGAGCAUGAAAGUUCUCAUCCUCGUUCUCACUCGCAACCUCCCCCAAGCUCUCGCAAAAGCGUCCAAUUUUCUGAAACUCCUGAGAUAACUACCUUUACUGAACCCACGGUUGCUGAAACAGAUGGAGAGACUUCUGGCGGUCGCCGCCACCACCACCAUCGUCAUCGCCACACCAAUUCUCGUGGUUAUGACGCUGAAGAUGAUACUGACUCUACUGUCGAUGACGGUCGAAGGAGGCGUGACGAGUAUUCGUCCAGGAGGGGAGCAGAUCGGGACGAGCAAGGAGGAAACUCCGAGCGAAGACGACACCACCAUCGUCAUCGCUCUUCUGACCCCACUGUCUAUUCUUCUCGAGGUGAGGGAAGCUCACGAAGAGAUGACUCACACAUGAGACGGGUUCCAAGUCCUACAGAUUCAGAGGCGACGAUUGACUUGCCGUCACGUUUCGACGAGAAGGGAAGAAAGAAACAAGAGCCUGGUGAUGACCCCCUGGCGGACCAAUUUCAAGAUAUUCUACAAGGCAAGGGACCUGCAGGCAAAGUGAUUGGAAAUUUCAUCGAUGGGCUGUUCGGGUCAGAUGACAAGAAAAAGCGAAGUAGCAGAUGAUCUACCGAACGAGAUGGAUCUUGACGAUCUAGCCAUCAAAAUGGGGUGCAGGCAAGGUAUCGUGAUCGGACGUCGAUGAAGUAUGAUGAAGAUGAAUGUUUCGGUCUUGUCUUGAUUUAAUGUUGAGCCACGAUCUAUGAAGUGAUUGCACGAACAUUGUCUGAUGUCGGGCCUCCUCUGACCCCGCGGCAACACAACACGAUUGACGACUUUGACGACUGUUAAUGAAAUAAAGUUAUAUCACAUACGCCCAAUGACCAUUGAUUCAUAUUUGAUAAUGUAGCCAUUGAUCGACGUUGGUGCGAAGAUGGUUGGGCUGACCAGGAUGAGGCGAGGCGAG